AACAGUUUCAGAUAUGCAUCUAUCGCAUGCAUGAAACUAUAAAAAUUGUUGUCAAUAAAAUUCUUCUUUAAACGUACUCUUUUUAUCAUCAUUCAUAUUCUGUCAUGUCUACCAGAAAUAUUGACUAUAGCUUUCUCAAUCCGAUUCACGCAACAGUAGCAGCAUCUUUCCCUUUGGAUAUUGACCCCACAAAAGUAUCUAUAGAACAUAUCCGUCAAACACCAAAACCUCAGUUGAGCGACGAUGUACUCAGGCCUGAGGUAGAUAUUGAAAGCAUUAUAGUUCCUUCGCACACAGAUGGCCAUUUGUUUCCAGUAGAUAUAUACAGACCAAAAGGAAUCAAGAAUAUGUCUACUCUACCAGCCGUCAUAUAUUUCCAUGGAGGGGGAUUUUGUUUAGAAGGCGAAGAUGGACAUCCAUUUUUAAUGGCUAAGCUUGCUACGGAAGCAAACUGCGCUGUAUUCUAUGUCCAUUAUUCCCUUAGCCCAGAAGCAAAGUUUCCUAUUGCCCUAGAAGAAUGCUACACUAUGGUCUCUUCUGCAGUAGAUCCUGAGGUGGCAGCUGGUUGGAAUAUCGACCCUACCCGUGUUGCUGUUGGUGGAGAUUCAGCUGGUGGGAAUUUGACCGCUGCAGUAACAUUGCUGGCUAAACAGAGAAAUGCGCUCAAAAAUAGCAUCAAAUAUCAAAUUCUUUAUUAUCCUGUUUUGAUGAACAGUUUUGAUUCCGAAUCAUACAAAAAGUACGGGCAAGGUUUCCUUGUACCCGUAGGUUUAUCAAAGAUGUUCCAUGACAAUUACAAAUCAGAUGAAGCUACAGAUGAUAACAUAUUCUUCUGUCCUGGAAAAGCAUCCAUAGAGGAUCUGAAAGGGUUACCUCCUGCUUUCUUGAUGACUUGUGAGGCUGAUGUGUUACUUAAUGAAGGUGAAGAGUACGCACGUAAACUGCUAUUGGCCAAAGUACCUGUCACUGCUGUCAGAAUAAACGCUGCUAUCCAUGGUUUUAUGUCUGCUGCACCUCUUUAUUCUGAAGAAACGCUCAUCGUAAUUGAUGCGACAACAGGUGCCCUUCGAAGAGUAUUCGGCACUUAGGGUCAGUAUACUACGAUAUACAUACCUGCUCGUACAUAUAUUGAUUAGCAAAAUAUUUAACCUUUUUACACGAGGCUAUCCUAUCGUUUUGAUUAAUCCAUUAUAAAUAAAGUCGAUAACAUUCUGAAGGAGUUGUUCAGUAGUAGAGAUUAACGUAAAAAAAA